UCCCCAUUUCCUAGACCCUUCUCUUCCUCUCCCACGGCGGCGCACGAACACGCAGCAGUCGCCGAUCCUGAGAGAGAGAGAGAAGAGAAGCUCCACUCCUUUCCUUUAGAAGCCAAACCGAAUCCCCACCCGACCACCCAGAUGGCACCGCCGGCGACGUCCAUGGCCGAUAUACCGGAUGUGAUGCUCGAGGAAAUCUUCCUCCGCCUCACCGCUGCUGAAGACCUCGCCCGCGCCUCCACCACCUGCCCCUCCUUCCGCCGUGUCAUCGCCGACCAUGCCUUCCUGCGCCGAUACCGUGCUCUCCACCCGCCGCCUCUCCUCGGCCUGCUCCAAGACACCUUCAGCCCAGCCCAGCCGCCACACCCCUCCGCCAUCGCCGCUCGCGCCUUCCUUGGCUUCGACUUCUCCUGCUCAUCCUUCCUCCCCUCCACCCCCGGCCAUACCUGGCGUCCAGUUGAUUUCUUUGACGGGCGCGCCCUCCUCGUCGGCCCCCCAGACAAAGAAGACCGCCAAUUUUGGGUCAAGGACCUCGCUGUGUGCGACCCCAUUCACCACCGCUAUGUCCUGCUGCCCGCCGUUCCAGACGACCUAAAAGCGCUGGCACCUCAACUGGACCUCCUCAAUCUGGAGGCCUUCCUUGCUCCUGGCCAGAAUGAGGAGGACCCUUUAUCAUUCAGGGUGAUGUGCGUGGCGCAAUGCACAACUAAACUGCUCAUUCUCGUCUUCUCCUCCUCUUUGGGUGGACAAGGACAGUGGCAUGCUCAUACAUUUGAUCAAUGGAGUGGUCAGGCUACAUCUGCUUCUGAUGGUUCAUUUAUCCACUCUCAUGGUGGGUUGUCCAAUCGUCAAUUCGUCCACGGAUGCUUCUAUUGGCAUUUGCAUUUUCGGAACGAGUUGCUCGUGCUGGACGUGCGUGCAAUGGAAUUGUCUGCCAUCAACCUCCCACCUGAACGAGGGACUAACAGUUUUGCCCUUGUUGAGGCAGCAGAAGGGAUGCUCGGAAUGCUCACUGAAGGCUAUGGCGAGGACCACGAUAGUGACCCAUUUUGGCUCACGUAUUCUAUUCUGAGAAAUAACCAAUGGCACUUGAACAAGGUCAUCCAAUUGCCAGUAAACGAUGCUGCUCUUGUUGGUGUAGCCGGGGGAUACCUGCUCCUAGAAGCGUUGUACACCACAACUGCACAAGAGGCGCUGAACUUUGGAUGCUUUUCCGUGGACGUCAAGACAUUGCAGGUCGAGUUUUUCGCUGAGCUUAGCAAACCAUUCAUGUAUGCUCGACUAUAUGCUGGUUUCCCACCAUCAUUGUGUGCACCAACUAUUUGAAGCGGUGAGCGUCUUAUCUCUUACCCUUUGCUUACUCUUAUUUAACUUGGUAUCCGUGUUUAUUAUACAGCAAAUAGCAAUGUGUUGCAGGGAUUUGUUUGAUGAUAACAUGCUUUGCCACUUUGCUCCUUAUAUGCUUGCAAACAGUGCUGGUUAUGGAUGCAGCCAAGUCAUAUCUUGCCCAGCAUUUGCCGUGUAUUAAUACUAACCUUGUCUGCAGUUUAAUACUAACCUCUGUACCGAAAUGUAAGACAUUUUUGGUUUUUCUUUCUUUUCUUUUUUUUUGCAUAAAAACGUAUUACAUUUUUUUAUGGAGGGAGUAGCAAACCCAACCCCUUGUUUGUAGGACUGUCAAAGGCGAUGAGGUAGUUCUGCCAGUUCGUUUUUACAUGGUUACAACCACUGGCUGUUUACAAAACCCUUGAAUCUCUAAACGAAUAGGUGUGCCCUGAUUAAAAUAUGAGUUUGCUUGAUUCAGUGUAAUCCUGUAAUGACAAGAUCUAGACGAAAUUAUUUGGCUUGAGAACCAGAUAGGAGAUUGGUUUCAAGUCACCAUGUGUUGUGGAUGUGAAAAAGA